AUGACUAGCGAUCCCUCAAUCAGACUGAAGUCUGCGAAGGACUCAUUGGUCUCAUCGCUCUUUGAGCUAUCCAAAUCUGCUAACCAAACAGCAGCUUGUAUCGUGGACUUCUACAAUGCCAUUGGCAAUGAUGAGGAGGAGAAAAUUGAAGCUUUCACUACACUAACGGAGGCUUUGCAAAAACUCACGUCUGCUACAAAUCAAUUGCAUGGAAUCAGCGGGGAGUUAGUCAACCCUGCCGAGGAUGAAAAGGAUGUAGCCGGGCUUAUAGCCCCUGUAGAGGUUAAACCACCUGCUAGAAAGAAGGUCGAACGUGAUCCAAAUGCCCCAAAGAAACCAUUGACUGUUUUCUUUGCUUAUUCCGCGUUUGUGCGCCAGGAGCUGCGUGAUGCGAGACAGAGAGCAGGAUUACCACCUCUAUCGUCAACCGAGAUUACGCAAGAGAUUUCAAAGAAAUGGAAGGGAUUGAGUGACGAGGAGAAGGAAAAGUGGAAACAGGCGUAUAAUGUCGAGUUAGGUCAUUAUCAGCUGGAGAAGCAGAAAUACUUGGAAGCAAAGAAGAAUGGGACUCUUCCGCUGAUUAUGGGACCAAACCAUGCCCCUGUUCCAAUCCCGUUCAGCUUGCAGCACGAGGAACCAUUCGAGGCUCGCCCAGAAAAGAGAAUAUAUGAUGAUCACACUUCUUCCUCAGAAAAAAAGAAGAAAAAGAAGAAGAAGGAUAAGAAGAAGGAGUCUUCGAGUAGUCAUUUAUGA